AUGAGCCCGUCCUUCCUCCUCCUCCUCCUCCUCCUCGCCCUGCCCGCCCGCGCCCGGCGAGAGCUGCUGCCCGGCGGGGCUCAGCGGGCCCGCAACGCCCCCGCGUCUUCCUCCUCCUCUUCCUCCUCCCCGGCAGCGGCGGGGCCGAGCCGCUUCCCGCGGAGCCGCCCGGAUCGGCGGCGGGGCCGGCUCUACUGCCGGGUGGGCAUCGGCUUCCACCUCCAGUUGCACCCCGACGGCCGCGUGGACGGAGCCCACGACGCGAGUCCGCUCAGUAUUUUGGAAAUAUUUGCUGUGUCUCAGGGGAUUGUAGGAAUACGAGGAGUUUUCAGCAACAAAUUUUUAGCGAUGUCAAAAAAAGGAAAACUCCAUGCAAGUGCUCGCUUCACUGUGGACUGCCAUUUCCGAGAGCGCUUCCAGGAGAACAGCUACAACACCUACGCCUCGGCCGUGCACCGCAGCCCCCGCUCGGGCCGCCAGUGGUACGUGGCCCUCAACAAGCGGGGCAAAGCCAAGCGGGGCUGCAGCCCCCGAGCCCGGCCCCAGCACGUCUCCACGCAUUUCCUGCCCCGCUUCUGGCAGCCGCAGCCCCCCGAGCUCGCCUUCACCGUCGCUCUCCCCGAGAAGAAGCCCCCGCCGCCCAAGCCCGCCCCGUCCCCGCCUCGGAAGAACCCCGGCCCCGUCAAGUACCGGCUGAAAUUCCGCUUUGGGUAGCGCCGGGGAUGCCGCAGGCACCGGGGAUGCCGCAGGGACCGGGGAGCUUUCGGGGGUGACCCCGCGGGAGCCCCGUGUCCCCUCUGCACAUGGACACGGGGCAGCUCCCAGGCGGCCGUGCCGGGCUCGAGGUUUUCUCUCGCCCCGGGCAAGCUGGGCGGUCCCCGGAGGCGUCGGCUGGGAUGAGCAGCUCGGGAUUGCCCAAGGGAAUUGCUGCGGUGAGCUGGAGGCGCUGGAAGGACCGACCUCGGGUUGGUGCUCUGUUGUUCGAAGUAGGACGGUACGUCUAUAGCAAACAUAUUUUCUUACCUUAUUUUCACUAGUGACUCCUUUGACAAUCAUUUUCAUACGAGAGAGAAGUUCAGAGGCAAGCGCUUUUGUUUUUCUUGCAUCUCCUUCUUGCUGCACUUUUUUCCUCCGACCAUACCUCAGGCACCGUAUAUCCAGGUCUGUCCCUUUCCCUUCUCUCAGGGGCCGGCUCUUCCCUUCCACAAAUAAAACAGAGAGAGACCAAGCCCUGCAAAUUCAGUCGCCUUAUCUGUGGCGUGAGGUGAUCUUCAGACUCUUUGUUGGCAAUAAUAGCCGUGUGUGUACAUGUUUUGUGAGGGUCGCAGGCUCGGGGAGGAGGGUGCCUGUUUGCCGCCCGCUCCUGGCCGUCUCUCCCGUUCUUCCCUGGACAGCUGCAGGAGCGAGGCUCUUCCUGUCCAUCCAAGUAUGGAUUCGAUGCCUGCUUUGAAAUACCUCUGCCCUGGUGCCGGGGCAUUCCCGCUCCCUGGAGGAGUCCCUCCACAGGUAUCAUCCCCACAGGACAGGGAUGCCUGUGGCCCCCAGCUGCCCACCGGUUUCGUCCAACAGUUUUUGCUGCUGAUUUAUUUUAUCACUCUCAGCACGUUUGCAGAGGCAGGGAGCAAGGUUUUUAUUUGGCAGUGAGCGUGGCGAUGUGGCAAUAAAUGCUGUUUGUCCCUCCGGGAGUGUUUUCCCGCCCAGGUUGAAUUGAUGCUGAAUUGUUUCUCUGUCGUGGUGUGACCUGUGGAGUAGUCGUGCACGUGGAGUUUGUGAUGGGUGUUCAGCUCUGUCGCUGUACGUACAGGCACUGGUAGCACUGAACCUCACCCGUGAAGCCUUAAUAGGAGCCCAGGUGGGCCCAGGUGGGCAGAACCCCUCAGGACCUGAGCCCUGCCAGCGUCCAGCUGCAAUAAUUCACCUCCUCUCCGCAUCCGAUUGUGGCACAAGUGGCUGUUUCCAUUGGAACUGUGGUUCUUUGCCUUUGCCAUCCUUCUGGCAGCCCCUGGCCAGACACGUGCUCCGUGGACGGGGAUGGACGGGGACGCUGGAAUAAAAUAGUUGUGUUUCAUUUUAUUACCUGAUUCUGUGAUCUCUUGACUCGUCCGUGCCCUCUUCUCCUCCCCAAAGGAGAAAACGAGCGCUGUGAAACGGGCUGCUCCAGGUGUGCCUGUGGGGUUGGUUCCUGUGGGUGAUGGGGUGGAGCUGAAGGGAUGUGUGCCCCAAACUGAGCCCUGGGGUGUCCUGUGCUCCCGGCACUUCCAGCCAGGCUGGCUGUGAGUGACAAACCCCAGGUGCUGGCAGUGAGGCACAGGUGGAUGUAACCGGUCAGUGCUCAGUUCACCACGGUGAGACAAUGCAAUCAGAACCUGGACAGCUGCUGCCCCAGCCCGGGUAGGGGUGUGGAGCUCCCCGGGC